UGCCGGGCUGGGCGGCGGGACAGCGGGAGCGCGGCUGGGAGAGCUGGGGCUACAGCCAUGAGGGAGAUCGUGCACAUCCAGGCGGGACAGUGUGGAAACCAGAUCGGGACCAAGUUUUGGGAAGUAAUAAGUGAUGAGCAUGGCAUUGACCCAGCCGGAGGCUAUGUCGGUGACUCAGCGCUGCAGCUGGAAAGGAUCAAUGUCUACUACAAUGAAUCAUCUUCUCAGAAAUUUGUACCGAGAGCAGUCUUGGUGGACUUGGAGCCGGGAACCAUGGAUAGUGUGCGAUCCGGUCCUUUUGGUCAGCUCUUUCGGCCCGAUAAUUUCAUCUUUGGACAAACUGGUGCAGGAAACAACUGGGCUAAAGGACACUAUACAGAAGGGGCAGAGUUGGUCGACUCUGUACUUGAUGUAGUAAGAAAAGAGUGUGAACACUGUGAUUGCUUGCAAGGAUUUCAGCUCACUCAUUCCCUGGGAGGAGGGACAGGAUCUGGCAUGGGAACCCUACUCAUCAGCAAGAUACGAGAGGAAUAUCCGGACAGGAUAAUGAAUACCUUUAGUGUCAUGCCCUCUCCAAAGGUUUCUGAUACAGUGGUGGAGCCUUAUAACGCUACGCUUUCAGUCCACCAGCUGGUUGAAAAUACAGAUGAAACCUACUGCAUCGACAACGAAGCUUUGUAUGACAUCUGCUUCCGCACCCUGAAGCUCACCACUCCCACAUACGGUGAUUUAAACCACUUGGUUUCCGCUACCAUGAGCGGGGUAACUACAUCCCUGCGUUUUCCAGGCCAGCUCAACGCUGACCUCCGGAAGCUGGCGGUGAAUAUGGUCCCCUUCCCACGCCUUCACUUCUUCAUGCCAGGCUUCGCUCCUUUGACAGCCCGAGGCAGCCAACAAUACCGAGCGCUCACCGUGCCGGAGCUCACCCAGCAGAUGUUUGAUGCCAAGAACAUGAUGGCAGCCUGCGACCCAAGACAUGGCCGAUACUUGACGGUGGCCACUGUCUUCCGUGGCCCCAUGUCCAUGAAGGAGGUUGACGAGCAGAUGUUGGCCAUCCAGAACAAGAACAGCAGUUACUUUGUGGAGUGGAUCCCAAACAAUGUCAAGGUGGCGGUGUGUGACAUACCUCCCCGUGGCCUCAAGAUGGCUUCCACUUUCAUUGGCAACAGCACUGCUAUUCAAGAGCUCUUCAAAAGGAUCUCGGAGCAGUUUUCGGCCAUGUUCAGGAGAAAGGCCUUCCUCCACUGGUUCACGGGAGAGGGAAUGGAUGAAAUGGAAUUUACGGAAGCAGAAAGCAACAUGAAUGACCUGGUUUCAGAGUAUCAGCAGUAUCAGGAAGCAACAGCAAAUGAUGGAGAGGAAGCGUUUGAAGAUGAUGAGGAAGAGAUCAAUGAAUAAAGAAAUUAGGUGUGCAGUUUUUUUUCCAGUCCAAAUUCUCAAUUCUCGAUUUCUGACAAUUAGGCUUGUAAAUUCAUAUUUAUGUUAAAAAAAAAAAAAAGGGAGCAUGAAUUUUAGGUGUUAGAGGUGCUCCUCAGAGUCCAUUGAGAUCACUGAGAACAUUCAGUAUUUCUGGAAAUCAGGCCAUUUCUAUUCAUGAGACAAAUGUAAGGCAUUCAUUUAAGGCUUUGACUGAAGAGUCUGAACACAGAGAUUGCUAGUUUGGGAUCUUUCUUUUCCAAACAGGUUGUCAUCCCUAAAGCUGUAGAAGAGAAGAUGUAAAAUAGGUCUCAAAAUCUACAAAUUAGAGCUGCGCUAUUUUCAUCCUAUUAUGGGUAAGAAAAGCUUGUGGGUUUGAAGCACUCAUUCUGUACCAAAUGUACAAUACUGAACUGCCAGAAACAAAAUUUAUUCAUAAUAAAAAGAAGAAAAAGUUUUUUCGUAUUCUGUACAGUAACUGCUGACAGUGAUAUUUGAUUCUAGUACUCUAAAACCAAAAUAAAACCGAUUAGUAUCCUCUCAAGCAGAAGUGUUUUGGGCAGUCAAUGCUAUGUAAAUAUCCAGUGAGCUGCAGGCUAGAAGCUGGAUUUGUGACUUCACCACUUGUUGCUGAAUAAUCACAGAUAAUAUAUAUAUGGAAUCUAUCAGUUUGUGAUGUGUUCUUCAUGGAUCCCCAGGAUUUAAAGUGACACCCCAGUAUCUUGCUGGUGCCCUGUCUUUCUGGCUAUCUAUCACCAGUUGCUGGUGCUGUUCCUAUCUCUAUCCCACCCAGCCCAUAUAGCUGAAAUAAUUCAGAUAUUCCCCAGGUGAUGGUGGGAGAGGGGACGUAGGCUACGUGUCAACAGAUCUCACUACCUAGGUUUGUGAGUUCACCACACCCUAACAGAUGCUGUGCAUGCCUUGCUCCCAAGGUAGGUUAAAAUAACUGGACAGAUUAAGGUUGAAGUACAAGAGCAUUUAUCCACAGUAUUCAAAGCAGCUGGAAAAAGUAAAGAUGAACAACAGGUUUAUCUGCUCCCACUAAAGCCAGACCAGAAAGAUCUCUGCAUAAGCCAGCUGACAGAGUGACUGUUGGGCAUUCGCUCCUCGUGCAUGCUUUAUGUUUCUGCUCAUAUCAAUUAAACAGCCCUUCUCCAUUAGAGAGCCUCCACCAGAGAACACUCUGUCUACAUGGAGUCUCUUAUUUAGGUCAGUUUCUAGGCAACAGAACAAGCAAACAAAGGAGAAACCCUCUGGAAAGCCAAACUUCAAAUGUUUCAGGAACUCUUUGUUUUUUCUUCUUGCCUUCAGAAGCACUUUCCAAGCAAAAAGUGUUGCUCAAUACUUUAAAAAGGCACUUUACAAACAUAGUGUAAUUUCUAAAGAUCCUUUGCUCCUGACAACACGAUGUUAUGUUUUGUUAGUUUGGGAUUCAGGGAAUGACACAGUGUUUUAUGAAGUAUAUGAACCAGGCAACUGUUGUUCACAUGACCUGAAGCUGCCUGCCUAAUUCUGUUCCACAUAGAAAUGGAACUAAAUUAGCUUUAAUCAAGUACAAGUUUUUCAUAGUAACGUGAAGUGACUUCAGGGGUUGAGACACAGCUGCUGCAACAUACUGACCAAACUGGCUUUGGCGUAGCAGUGUAGGCAGAGACUGGCUGAUUGUCUUUAGAAGGGUCAUAAUGGAGUCAAGCAGAUUCACAGGGGCCACAUUCGUUGCAAUGUCUAGUGAUGCCUAAAGGAUUUGUGAACAGCAAUAGAACACCUUUAAAUAUGCAUUUUGUAAAUGUGAGAUGUGGCUAUGUAUUAAUCGCAGCACGAGAUGAUAAAGUUAUAACGCAAUAUGCAUUAAAGAGAAUUAACAUGUAGUACCAAUACAAAGCAAAAGCAAAAUCCGUUGGGAAUAAAGCCAUUAAACUUCAAA